CUGAGCUCAUCCAGACAUCUGGCCUCGAAAAUACYUCACAACUUGAAAAUGCUUCUUCGAAUCCGCGAAUCUUUUACAGAAUUUACUGCAAACAUGACUCUYUACAAACCGCUCGUCUUCAUCAGUCUGUUAAUGAUGUUUUCAAAUUCGUAUUUUUUCUGGRACUGGCUUGGAAUUGAUUUUAAGGCACCGUGUGUUUCUUGUACUGUGAUGUCGACCUUUGAUUCCAUCAGAGGCUCAAGUUGUCAAAUUAAUCCUUCCAAAWUURCACAAUUCAGCUUUAAGGCUGGCUCACCUCGAACUGCUCGAAGCCCUAAAUCCUCGGCCAGUUCUGAUGUGUUUGCCAAGGCUCCUGACACGCCCUUGUCCCCAGAUUCCAAGCAGCUGAGCGGGGUUGAUGGAGAUAUCAAAGAUGCGUUUGGUGAUAGGACAGUGGAUACUGGUGGUCAGCGUAAUCUCAGACAUGACUUGCUAUUGGCUGCUGAUUCCGUCACCAACGCCAUGUCGUCGCUUGUCAGGGAGCUCAAUUCAGAAGAUGAAGAGGAUAACAUUACCUUAACAACAAAGAACGGUACACCAGAAAUAGACCUUGACGUCCUCGAGUACCAGGUCAAUCAGAUGCGUGAAUCACUUCGAGCAAGUGRUGCCCAGGCUCCCAAGAAUGGCAGUCUAGCUAACGGCCGUGGUGACGUGAAUGGUCAGAGGAAGGUUCAUAAGAGGCCCUUACGGCGAGGAGACAGUGAUAGGACUGAUACUGAUACUGAUGAUGAUGAGUUGCACAUGCGCACUGGAGAAUGA